AUGAGCAUGCCAGAAGGGACCGAGCACAAUCGCGAUGCUCCGUACAAUACCUCCAACUCGAGUGCCUCGUCGGCUUCUACAACAGCGGGACAAUCCCUACGGCCGUCACGUACCUCAAGACCUGCUGGUAAGAGGGUUCUUAUAGAGGUCCAAGAUACCAGCCGCAUCUUGGAAUGCUCACAAAGCGAGAGACAGCGCCGUUUCCAGUAUCUUGUCCGACACUACUUAUCCCAGAUCCUUCAUGGCUGCAAAAGCGCUUAUUGCAAUACCCCCACGUGCCUCUCGUCGACCAAGCGCAAUGCUUCCAAGCCUCACCGCCCGCCUACGCUGCUCACGGCCAGCACCCUAGCCCAUUAUCUUGCCGGUCAAGACAACCCGAAUCGUGGCCUAUGCCCUCACGAGCUCAAGGUUGCGCCCGAAUCGUUCGAAAUUGCCGACAGUCUUGCGCAACAAGCUAGGAACAACUCGGCUGAGGAAUACGCUGUGUAUCCUUCGAUAUGGCAGUUGACACAACAGCACCGGCAACAUCGCGCGGGAAGUGGCUCUGGCAAUGAAACUUCUUUUCAAGAGCAAGAUUCGGAUACCGACUUGAUAAGCGCCCUUAGGCAGCGGCAGCAAGCUAGGAAAGACCCAAAAGCUCUUAGUCAGAACUUAUACGACAGCUUGACAAUGAUUUACUCCUAUACUACGCAGAUACCCAGUCCCGCCUCUGUUCUUGCUUCGUUCCUCACACCGGCUUCUCACAGAAACGGGCAUCAUGCAGAGCGCAUACCACAAACAAACGCUCAUUCUAGCACAGCACAAUUGAAUGCCAAGUCGGCUAUUGUUCGCCAGCAUUCACACCGAGCAUCCGCUCCUCAUGACAGUUCACAUCCAAACAACACUGCCGCUGAGGUCCUCGCUAACGGCCAGCAUGUGCACAAGAUACCUUACCAUCCCUCCAACGGCACAAUUCAAAGACGUCCUUCCACAACAUCACACUUUACUGCAGUGGAUGGCACAUCAGAUCCAGAGCUGCUAUCAAUCAAGAAAACGGCAAAGAAAAACUUCACUAUCGGGGGAGCAAGCCCACCUACUGUGCAUCAGACAAAGCCUCCUUCAGUGCCACCCAAACCCGCUUCAAAAGAUACUGUUGCCACUAGCCGAGCAGCACCUAGUGUACCCAUAGUUUCACAGUUGAGUGGCAACAUCCUCGAGGAGCUCAGAGAAGACGUCUAUCGCCAUGGGAACAGCCAUUCCACUGACUCCAAUUACGCUGUCGACUUCGAUCGUCGGCAGCGAACUCGACGUACCAAGCCACUUGUCAAUCGAUCCUUAUUCUAUACUCUGAGCGACCCAGAGAAGCUCCUUGCUUCUUUUCAUGACGCCAACCAAGACUUCAAAGACUCACCCCUACCCCAUCUUGACUCUUCGCACUUAGUGUACUCCUUUCGGGACUGGAACCAUCGCAACGGUGCGCUCAUAUUCGAUAGUCUUUGGCUCGCACUGGAGGCUCUGUUCAUCUCCCCACCCGAGCUUGACAUUCAGAAGAGUCCUCGCCUGAGGCCGUCAAGAAAGGGUGUUGCCACAGACAGUCAACCUGACCAGCCAACUGGUAUUCAAGACAGCGUGGCUGCAGGCUCGCGCUAUCUUGAUACCUGUGAAGCUGCUCAUAUUGUCAUGAUAUGCAUACAUGCACUCACCUCACUAGUACCACUUGGAUGGCCACACACGUGGGCACAAGUUCGUAAGCUACGAUCUUGGGGUGUCGUGAUGCCGGACGCGGCUCCCAAUGCUGAUUCAUACAUGGAAAUCAUCGAUGCGUUAGAGUAUGAGCCAGCAGUCCGACUCGCCCAUAGGUUACUUCGUGCUAUCGGAACGCGUACUUGCUUUGAGCAUAUACUCGGAAGCUUGCACGGCGACGUCGAUGCGGCCGGGUCCAACGCACCACUUAUGGAUGUAGUUGUACAACAUUUGGAGGUGUUGGAGGACACUAGUACGGCUGCUAAACUGAGACUGACCCAAAAUCAUGAUUUGGUCGGAGACCCGGGAUGGACUGUAACAGCCACUUUCAUGGAGUGGCUGAAAACUGUCAUCAUAAAAGGUUGGGACAGAAAGGCUGAGAUCAACAAAUGGAGCAGUGUUGGCACGGCCGUAAUGAUCCUUGAUAAGCUCCAUUCGAGGCAGCAAGCUUUAUGGUUACAUUCCAGCAUGUUCGAAAUGCCGAUACUUGAUGAGCGAAUUGACACGGUGAACGAGCCUAUCAAGUACCUUACAUGGGAGCAUCACUCCAACACUUUACACGUCUUCGAGUACCCCUGUCUCUUCUCCGCGCAACAUCUUGUGGCGUACUUUCGCACAAUCAACUUCACGGAGAUGAUGAAACAGUAUGACCACACCAUGCGUACACAACAUAUGCAAAGAUCACUAGAUAUGUUUCUGCGGGAACCUUAUUGGUGGGAGAUCAAAAGACGAACCAAGGUCACACUCAGUGAUUACUUGGUGUUGGAUGUCAGUCGAGAGGAACCACUAAAGGAUACGCUCGAUCAAUUGUGGGGCCAGGACAAGAGGAUGCUUCUUAAGCCACUCAAGGUCAAGAUGGGCCACAAGGAAGGAGAAGUCGGUCUGGACCAUGGCGGCGUAACGUACGAGUUCUUCCGUGUUGUUCUGAGUGAGGCGUUCAGGCCUGAGAACGGUAUGUUCACAAUCGAUCCACAGACGCGCAUGACUUGGUUUCAACCCCAAAGUUUGGAACCCCACUGGAAGUUUGAGCUGCUCGGCAUACUUUUCAGUCUUGCCGUUUACAACGGCAUCACUCUGCCCAUCACAUUUCCCCUGGCCUUCUAUGACUGCCUCCAAACCGUGGGCAAUCCGCGCUGCAAAUGCGUAGCUAAUUAUGACGCACUGAACUACAUCAAAGAUGGCUGGCCAAGUCUGGCUGAAGGCUUCCAGGAGCUAUUAUCCUGGCGCGAUGGCGACGUUCGAGAUAUCUUCAUGCGAGAGUAUGUAUUCAGCUACGAGGUUUUUGGCCAAAGAAUCGACCAGAACCUGAAGCACGACGCGUUGAACGCUACAAAGUGUUCAGAGCGAUCAUCAGAAGAGCCAGCUUUGGUCACAAACGAGAACCGAGAAGAAUACGUCAGGGACUACGUUCGCGCUCUGACCUACGAGUCCAUCACUCCUCAAAUUACGUCGUUCAUCAAAGGCUUCCUCACCUGCAUCAACGCGAAAAGCCUCCAACUCUUCACACCACCAACACUCCGCCACCUCAUCGAAGGCACGCAGCACAUCUCCAUCCCAGAGCUCAAGCGAUGCGCCAAGUACGAAGACGGGUACACUGCUACUCACUCCAACAUCCGCGCUUUCUGGGACGUAGUCGAGCGAUAUAGCCAGGAGGACUGUCGGCAUCUGCUCGAGUUUGUAACGGCGUCUGAUCGCGUCCCUGUAACAGGUUAUGAAAGCAUUACCUUCCAUAUUGUUAAGAUUGCAGGUGCGCCAGCUGCACUGCCGAGUAGCUCGACAUGUUUUGGAAAGUUGUACUUGCCGGAUUAUGGGGAUAAGGAGAGUUUGGAGAGGAAAUUGGGGUUGGCGAUAAGGAAUUCUAAGGGUUUCGGUAACGUGUAG